AUGGCCGCUGCCAUCGCGAGCGGGCUGAUCCGGCAGAAGAGGCAGGCGCGGGAGCAGCACCUGGACCGGCCCUCGACCAACCGGCGCCGGAAGAGCCCCAACAAGAACAAGGGGCUGUGCAACACCAACCUGGUGGACAUCUUCUCCAAAGUGCGCAUCUUUGGGCUCAGGAAGCGCAGGCUACGGAGACAAGAUCCCCAGCUCAAGGGUAUAGUGACCAGGUUAUAUUGCAGACAGGGAUACUACUUGCAAAUGAAUCCCGAUGGCUCUCUUGACGGCACCAAGGAUGACAGCAGUAAUUCCUCUUUGUUCAACCUCAUUCCCGUGGGCCUCCGCGUCGUCGCCAUUCAGUCUGUGAAGACGGGCUUGUACAUCGCCAUGAACGGGGAGGGUCAUCUCUACACAUCCGAGCUCUUUACGGCCGAGUGCAAAUUCAAAGAGUCUGUGUUUGAGAACUACUACGUCAUCUACUCGUCCAUGUUGUACCGACAGCAGGAGUCGGGCCGGGCCUGGUUCCUGGGUCUCAACAAAGAGGGUCAAGCCAUGAAGGGGAACCGAGUGAAGAAAACCAAACCAGCCGCUCACUUCCUGCCCAAGCCAUUAGAAGGUAAUGUUUUAGCUAACACUUGGAGCAAGCAUGAAAAUAAGAAUGUACACAUCGAGCAGGAUAUACCCUGCUAA